CAGGUGGCCAUCGUGGGUGAUGUCCACGGCUCCUGGCGGGGCGACCGCGAGGCUGCUGCUCUGCGGCUGCUGGCGCCCCACCUGACACUGCUGGUCGGGGACUUCGGCAACGAGGAUGUGGAGCUGGUGGGGCGCGUGGCGGCGCUGCCGCUGCGCAAAGCGGUCAUACUCGGGAACCACGACGCCUGGGUGGCAGCGACGCCAGGGGGCCAGCAGAACUGCGUACGGCAGCAGCUGGCGCUACUGGGUGACAACCACGUAGGGUACGGCACCAUGCCGCUGGACGAGCAGGGCUACACGGUGGUGGGUGCGAGGCCCUUCUCUAAGGGCGGCAAGAACUUCUCGAGCAUUCGGGACUUCAUGGACGACCUGUACGGCGUAAAGAGCAUGGAAGAGAGUGCAGAACGUAUCGUACAGGUAGCCCAGUCGGCUCCAGCCCAUCACACCCUCAUUGUGGUGGGCCACAACGGACCCGCGGGUCUGGGCAGCCGCCACUUCGACAUUUGCGGAGUGGACUGGGAGAGCGGCGCGGGUGACCACGGGGACCCGGACCUGCAGGCUGCCCUUGCCACCCUCCACCGAGCCGGUCGCCGGGUGGCUCUGGUCACAUUCGGCCACAUGCACCACACACUGCAUGCCGCCAAUAGCAAGGGCCGCGCCUCCCGGCUGCGGCGCAUGGUGGCACUGGAUCCAGCGACCGGUACCGUCUUCCUCAAUGCGGCGACUGUCCCACGGGUCACUCCGGCGCCCACAACCCCACCGGCUACGCUGCAUCACUUCAUGGUGGCGGAGCUGGAGGGCGGGGAGGUGGUUGCGGCGCGGGAUGUGUGGGUG